AUGCCCUCGAACUACCCUCCUCGUCAGGACACCGCAACAAUACGGCGACCCUUCCACAGCAGUCCUCACCACUCCGCAGCCCCUCCGCGGCGGCCGCUACCAGAACUUGCAAGCAUCGACGAUAGACUCGCAGAAUUCACAUUAAACGAAGCUAUCAGCACACCCGAGGUGCAGCUCAAGCUCCCGGACAACAAGGGUCUGUCGGAGCCGCAACCUCUAGGGUAUGUGUUGUCCGGGAUUGACCGCACCACACAUUUCGUCCAGCAGAUGACACCGGUCGACGAUCCGCGGGAGUUUGCCGUCGUCCGGAUCGUCACCCGCAACGAACUGGUCCGUGAGGUCACGGCGAAGAGAGAUCUGGCCCGUAAACAGGCUUCAGAGCAGAAGAGGAAAAAGCCCAAACAGUUGGAAUUGAACUGGGCGAUUGCCCCUACCGACCUGGAAAUUAAGAUGAAACAGAUGGAGUCUUUCCUCGAAAAAGGGAAGAAGGUCGAAUUGAUGAUGGCUAACAAGAGGCGCCAGCGAAAGGCCACUCGUGAGGAGGCCGAGAAGUUGUUGUCUGUCGUUAGGACAAAGUGUGAAGAGCUGGGUGCUUCAGAGGUGGCUAAAUUCACCGGUGCCAUCCUAGGCCAGGCUACGAUGACCGUCGAGAAGCUGAAAAAGUGA